GAAUGCUAGCAAGCUAGCAGCAGUUCAAGAAGAAAAUGGCGAUCACGCAGGACGAAUGCUUCCCUCACUAGAUGCUGCAAACGCGUUGAAUUUCUCUUUUUUUUUGUAGCCUUACCAGUCGGCUUUCCUCUUCCACUCUGUUGCACUUUAUACUUCAAUGAGAUUCGGAAUUGGAAGCCUUGCCACCAAAGAAACUGAAGCAUCUUAACAGGUCGGGAAUCCACCCACAGAUGGACAGACUGUGGAUGGAAGAGAGCGAGAAACAGAAAGUGUGACAAGGAAGGAGGAUAAUAAUAAUAUACAGGACUCGACAAAAGGACCUGUGAAAGCAAAGUCCUUGAUCCAAACAGCAUUCCCCUUCCCAAACACACACACACACACAUUCAGUGUUCAGCAAGUCGUCAGCAAUGCCAAGAGGGCCUGAUCCGCCAGUUGCCCACUCUGAACAACCCGGCCUCUUCACCCCAGACCCUUGAGGCCGUACCUGCUAAGUCCGCAACUCCCUCGUCAACCUGGGAACCAGAGGAAACCAGUUCUCCUUUCAGCCCGGGGAGGCCCUCCAGCCCAAUCAGGAGCUGCAGCCCUGUGCUCCCCUCACAGGCAUGGCUCCCAUUCGGGAUUCCGUCAGCCAUUCCCCUAAUCAAACAGGGCUGGAACAUCCUGGCUUGGACUCCCAGUAUGAGCCGUCCCCCUGGUCUUCAGGCUCUCCCUGCAGCAGUGACGGCAAGAGCAACUGGGGUAAAGUCCUAGUGGACGGAAGCACAGACAAAGCCAAGGACCCCUCCUCGACCAAUUCUUCUGUCUGGCCCCCUUCCUCUUCUUCCUUCUCGUGCUCCUCCUCUUCUUCCUCCUCCGGCUGUGGGUCUGGAUCAGACCCCGAGUUGGCGUCAGAAUGCAUGGACGCCGACUCUAGCCCCUCGACUGGCUCAGAGAAAAACUUUGUCGCGACGACUGGGAUGAUGUCAGCGAAUGCUUCGUCCGCGGUGUCUUCGCCGACGUUCACUCCCUCCUCUGCGAUGAUGGUUGGUGUUUCGCUGAACGCAGACAGCAAUGGCAAUAGUCGUCAGGUUAAUGGAGCAAUCUGUGGUGCAAAUAACGGAAAUAGCAACAUAACCGGACCCUCGCACUUGUCUGCGGCGGGGUCCGGCAGUAUUGACAGCAAUAACAUGGGUAACCACAACAAGCUCGUUAAUAAUAACAGCAGCGUUUGGGGCGCCCAGCCAGGCAACGCCAUGAUGACUUCCAGUGGGAGCCCCACCUACAUAAAUGGAGGCUCCACUCCAAAUGCCAACCAUGGUGCCUGGUCGCAGAAUCCAACCCCAAGCCCGUUGUCCCAGAGCCAACAGCCUCCACAGCCUCAGGGGAUGAAUUCAAAACUGGGUAUAGCGCCCCAACAUGGCCCUGUGCUGGGAUGGGGUGGCAUGGCAGCUCCAGACAACAUUAUGGAAGACAAUGAGGUAAAAAAUGGUACAUCAAGCAGCAAUGUGUUAGGAAGCAGCAACAGUGGAAAUGGUGGCCUGCAGCCUGCCAGCCUUAACACUGAAUCCCACGGACCAAAUAACACUAUGACGAUGAAUACUACUUCUACUACUACUACUACUACUACUAACACAACAAUGACCUCCAGCCCACCAAACUCUAUGGCCUCACCCCAGAUGAGCGGGGAAUGUUCCUGGGGGUCCAUUGGAGGAGGUCUUCCGCCCAAUGGAAACACUUCAUCAGCCCCCAAGUGUUCCCAAGGAGAGACCGGGGGCCCUGGAACCUUUAGUACGCCUUGGGAUGAAUCGACCUAUUCUGGAGAUAAGGGUCCCCCAAAUUCAGACACUGUGAACCCACAAAACUCUGCCUCAAUGCAGGCGGAGAACUCCCAAAUGUCCUCUACUGCUGCUUUUAAGAGUAAUGAUCACCACCACAACACUGGCGCACCACGCUGGGAUCAGGGGCCUGCCAGUAACCCCAAUCAGUGGGUUGGGGGUGUCAGUUCAAAUCAAAUCCCAGGCUCUACAGGACAGACGCCAGGAACUGUGAACCAAACUGCAAUGGGCGCUACUUUAGGUGUACCUCGCCCCUGGGGGAGCAGUGCGUCUUCUUCCUCCUCUUCCUCGUCGUCAUCCCACAAGAUGUCAACAGCAGAGUGGGGAGCGCCUCGUGGCAACAACCAUUCAGAUGCUGAAAGUCAUAAAGGAAGUGCUGCUAACGGCUGGAAAAGCCUGGAAGAUGAUGCCAUGGGCAUGGGCGGUGGAGGGCCUGGAGGCGCCAGCCUGGCAGGCGUGACAGGAGGCUGGGGUCGCGCCGGAGGAAGUGAGGGAAGUGGGGAGAGCUCCGGAGGCCAGUCCAGCUCAGACAGAGAAGGCAGUCUGUCAAAGGGAGGGAACCGAAGAAAGGUCAACAACGCAACGCCAUUCGUAUCAGUUCCGAGUAAGACUGACGUAGAUCCAAGGGUCCUAUCGAACACUGGAUGGGGCCAAACACCCAUACGACAGAACACCGCCUGGGACGUCAAUCCUCCCACCAUCAAUCAGCCGCUGCCUCCCAGACCAGAUGACAGAAAGCAGAGCUCUGGCUGGGGGACCGGAGCUCCCAGCCAGACUUCUGGUGGUACAGGCUGGGGAGGCGGUCCAGGUUGCGCCGGCUCCGAUACAGCAAACACUGGUUGGAGUGAUCAGAGACCGACUUCCGGGUGGGACAGCAAGGGCCCAUCCAGCGGAGGUGGCUGGGAGGAUGGAUCCGGUUACAAAGGGAAGAACUCAAUGAACAACAUCAGCAAAGAUGACAGAUCCAAUACUUGGACUAAUGUGCCCAAACCACAGCAGAGCUGGGGUUGCAACAGUGGAAAUGGAGAUGAGGGCUGGAGCACUGGUGGAGACAGUGCAAGAGCAGGGUCUAACAACCACUGGGGAGAACCCCACAAAGGGUCUGGUUCCGCAGGCUGGGAUAGCGACAGCGAUCGCUCUGGUUCUGGAUGCUGGAGCGAGCCAGGUCGAACCAACACCUGGGGAGGAAGCGGCGGAUCAAAUACCCCAGACCAGAGCACUCCGAACCCGGGCUCGAAUUGGGGUGACCCUGUUCACAAACCCAACCUUCAAAAUAAAAGCCAGGGUUGGGGAGAGCCAGUGAAGAACCAGCAGGGUGUCCAGACCUGGGGCGACGCCAGUUCUAAGCCCUCUCAUACUUCCAAUGAGUGGGGGAAAGGUCCAGACUCCAACAUGUCGAGAGGAAACAACAAGCCCACAGGCUGGUUGGGUGGUCCCAUCCCCACGGUGGAUCAGAAGGGCGGAUCGGCCACUGGCUGGGAGGAGCCUUCUCCAGAGUCCAUCCGUCGAAGGAUGGAGAUUGAUGAUGGCACUGCAGCUUGGGGAGAUCCCGGUAAACAAAAUGGUGGCUCUGUCAACAUGUGGAACAGAACCAGCCAGUCAGACAAGGAAGGCAUGAGUCCAUCGUCUCAACACCCAUCCCAUAGCUCGACACAUCCUUCUCAGCCCAUGCAGCCUCAUGGCCAAGACAAAAGUGGCGGUUCUGAAACCCAGACUUUUGUCGGGGCUCUGAGGCGGACAGAGGAAAGAGUAGCGGUGGCUGGCUUAUCUGCGGACAGGAGCGAGGGACAAGCGGUAGAAAAUGGAGGCUGGGGCGAGCCUUAUGCCCAGCAGAAAGAGUCUUCUACAUGGGGGGAGCCCAUGUCUGUUACCGUGGACAAUGGAACGUCCGCCUGGGGGAAGCCAGUGGACAGUAACCCUGGCUGGAAAGAACCCACCCGGGACAACAGAGAACCUGCAUGUGGCUGGGAAGGCCGUCAUAAGUCUGGUCUAGGUUCCAAGCCAAUGGAGACCUGGUGUGGCGAGGAGGUGUCUAUGAGUAACAGUUGGGACCAGGAAGAGGAAGUAGAGAUUGGCAUGUGGACUAACAACCCACACGACAACAGGUCACAUGACCAAAACACCUGGCACUACAAGAAUCGAGGAUCCAGCAAGAUGAUGAAGCCAGUCAACAAACCAGAUGAGCCAUGGAUGAAACCCUUCAUGAACCAGUUCAACAACAUGAGCUUUUCUCGAGACUCUCCUGAUGAUUGCAUGAAAAGUGGGUCAGGGAUGGUGCAGGACAAGCGCAUGGACUCCAUGGGAGAUUUUAACGGCAUGAUGGCCAAGAUUCCCGGGUCUCAACACCAGCUCCCCAAAGAGUCCACCAUGGAUCGCAGCUCCUAUUAUGACAAGAAUGUAAACUCAAUGUUGGGUAGCAGCAGCUUAGCACAAGGCCGUGGUGGACUGCACUCACAGCUCCCGCAUCCUAACUACCGUAACCAAGUGCCUCCUCCCAUCCUCCCCCCUCAGGUGCCUCCAUCCCUGCUGAAAUACCCAGGAGGCAAUGGAGCCCUCAACCCUCUGCUCGGCCCUCAGCAGGUUGCUGUGCUCAACCAACUCUCCCAACUGAACCAACUCAACCAACUCAGCCAGCUGUCUCAGCUCAACCAGCUGCAGCGUCUUCUCCUCCAGCAGCAGCAGCAGCAGCAGCAGAAGGCUCAGAGCCAGAGAGUCAUGCCUGUGGGACGACCGCCUGAACAGAUGCGUCCUAUUGGUUCAUCUCCAUCCAUGAUGCAGCCCCCGCGACACCUGGACCCUUCUCUGCUGAAACAGUCCCAGGCCCUGAAACCGUACCUGGAGAACUACUUGCCCCACAACAGUCCUGACCUGCAGAAGGAUGCUUCCUCUCUCGGAUCCUUCAGCAACUUCCCUUUAAGCUUGAACUCUAACCUGAAUGUAUCCCUGGACUUGGGUGUUGGUACUACUGCUGGAGGAGCUUUGGGCUACAAAGAGCCACCCCAGUCCAGAAUGAAGAAACUGUGGGUCGCUGACCCUCUGGAGCAGAACAGCAAAUCUGGUGCUAUUUCGUCAGGCAUGCGUCUGGAGGACUCCUUUUAUGACUUCCUGUCCCCCGGCCCACCCCCCUUAAGUCCCGCCGGCCAAUCAAUGGGCUCGGUGGGUGACGGCUGGCCGCCCCGUGCCAACUCCCCCCUCCCCCACGGAAACACAGUCACCUGGCCCCCAGAAUUCCGACCCGGAGAACCUUGGAAAGGUUACCCCAACAUUGACCCUGAGACUGACCCUUUCGUGACUCCUGGUAGUGUCAUCAAUAACCUCUCCAUCAACACCGUCCGUGACACAGACCACCUCAGGGACAGGAGCAAUGGGCCAUCCUCAUCACUGAACACCACGAUGCCUUCUAACAGUGCCUGGUCAUCCAUUCGUGCCUCCAGCCACAGCGGUUCCCUCACCAGUACAGCACAAAGCACUUCAGCCAGAUCCAGUGAGUCUAAGUGGUCUCCCAGCGCUGGUUCCGUGUCUAACUCCUCUCUGGCCCACGAGCUGUGGAAGGUCCCCCUGCCUCCUAAGGCGCUGUCUGUGGCGGCCCCCUCCAGACCGCCACCUGGUCUCACUAGUCAGAAGCCCAGCUCCGCCUCCUCUGGCUGGGAUGGCUCCGCCCUGAGGCUGGGUGGGUGGGGCUCCACUGACUCCAACUACGCACCUGGUUCCAGUUGGGGUGACAGCAGCAGCUCAGGGAGAACUCAAUGGCUUGUUCUGAAAAACCUCACACCUCAGAUUGACGGCUCCACUCUGAGGACCCUGUGUAUGCAGCACGGCCCUCUGAUCACAUUCCACCUCAACCUGCCGCACGGUAACGCUGUGGUCUGCUACAGCUCCAAGGAUGAGGCUGCCAAGGCCCAAAAGAGCCUGCACAUGUGUGUUUUGGGGAACACUACUAUUCUGGCCAAGUUCGCCAGCGAGGAGGAAAUCAACCGUUUCUUUGCACAAGGGCAGUCACUGGCCACACCCUCCUCGGGCUGGCAGGCCAUCGGCUCCUCCCACAGCAGACUGGAUCAGUCCCACCCCUUCCCCAGCCGCGCCGCCGAGCCCAGCCAAUGGAACAGCGGUGAGCUCCACGGCUCCUCCCUGUGGGGCGGGCCCAACUAUUCCAACAGCCUGUGGGGGAACCCCGGCGGCACCGAGGCAGGGCGGCUCAGCAGCCCCUCCCCAAUCACGUCCUUCCUCCCGGUGGACCACCUGACAGGCAGCGGCGACGCCAUGUGACCGUCAUGCGGGUCAGUGGAGAAUCCUCAAUAAUCAGCAAAAUGGCGCCGCCGCCGGCUUUCUCGCUAGUCAAGCGCGCGCCCUGUGGAAAACAAGUUACGUUUGUCUCUCUGCACAUAUGUCCACUUUUCUUUAGCCCAAAAACAUAUCAGUCGAAAUACUUGAAUCCUGCAGGCCAAUUCUAUAAUGUGAACGGAUGGAUACUUGCUUCCAGGUAGUGCUCUUUCACACCGAAAAAAGCUUCAAUCGAGCUCAUUAUUAUUAUUAUAUAUAUAUAUUUUUGUUUCAUUCGUCGUGUUUAUUUGAAUUCCAAUUCUUUUAUCGUUUUCUCUUUUUUUUUUUUUUGCAUUUGUUUGCUGACAAUGUUGGAGUAUGAGCUUUUUUAACUUUGCACUGAAUGUGUUUUUUUCUCAGUAUAUAUAUAUAUAUGAGUAUAUAUAUAUAUAUAUAAUCUGCAAUAUAGAGGGAGCAGCCAGUUUUUCCAGUGUAGCUGUUUACUCAUGAGGUCCUUACCGUGUGUGUGUGUGCGUGUGUGUGCGCUCCUCUCUUGCCUUGGCACGCCUACCUUACCGCGUUGUCGUGGAGUUUGAGAUCAACAAAUACGUUGAAGAAGAAAAGCUGACUUAGGAGGUGAUAAAAAAAAAAAAAAGUGACAUUAAAAAGAAAAGUAUUGCACCGAUUAUUUUUUUGUUUUCAAACUAAAGAACGUUGAGCUCUGCAGUGCAAAGGACUGUAGCCGCAGCUGGGACUAGCAAGCCCUGCCUACCCUAGUGUAGGGGGCGGGGCCUAUCUAGCAAGCCCCUCCCUCACGCCCUGUAGCGGGCGCGGGCGGGAGCAGCACUUUCAGAAGAGGCUUUCAAUGUUUUGGAGGUGCCACACUGCAACCUCUUGUUUACAAGACUUAGGAGGCGGAGCGUGUGUUCAUUCUUCAUUUUCACCACAAGAUGGAGUAAAACUGAAAAAUGCAAGCAAAAAAAAUCUUUAAAAAAAAAAACUUUAAAAAAAUUAUAAAAUGUUUGAAAAAAAAAAAAGCUUCUAUAAAAAUGUUAUCAAGGAUGAAGACGAUGCUUUGUAACUCUGGGAAUUCGGAUCAGUGUUUUUUGGCCAUGGUUAUUUGAAUGAUUCCUCUUUUGUCUGCUCAAUAACCAGCGAUGGUUCUCAGGAAAUCAAGCCAGUUUUCCCCACCUUCUAGUUGAUGAAAAAACACACAAAAAAAAGUCAAAUCCAACUUCUAGCACUGAAAAGCGUGUUUAGGUCUGUAAGUUUCUUUUCUCUGCCAAAUAACUGCUUUAAGCUGGAGAAGCUCCACACACUGCUUUCAAUAUGCUGUCUUUGGAGGGCCCAAGUGUGUGUGGGUGUGUGUGUGCGUGUGUGUCUUCUACAAACCAAGAGAAAGGUGAUCUAUGCAUACUGUAGCUUCUCCCCGAGAGGCGUUUUUCUUUCUUUUCCUCGAGAUGUUUUUAAAUGUUCCACUCAGUACAGCGACUUGCUUUUAAGAAAUAUUUAGCUCUCAUUGCCACAAAGUGUUUUGGAAGGAGAAAAAAAAAGGUUGAAGAUGUUUUAAGAGUCGUCCACAUUUCAUUGCCUUGAUCCCAGUUGUGUCCGCAGAUGUCAAGUGGCUUCUACUUGUUUACAAAUAUGAUUGUAUUCUUUACACCCCCCCAUCACGUGUGAAUGUACGUCCAACUUUCCGCUUCCGUGGGGCGCUGGGGGGCGGGGCUUAAACAGCGUCGGCGAAGCCACGGACCUUAAACGCUUGCUGAUGUUGUUGUUGACCCCACUGGAGGCUUUUUAUUGAACAAAGCGUACGUAGGAAGACACCACCUGUAUUAGCCCUGAUGCUGUGUGUGUGUGUGUGUGUGUGUGUGUGUGUCAGUAUUCCACCCGCUCUCUACCAAAUAGUUGACUUAAUUCCACUUUUGUUGCUUAAAACACAUCUUUUUUCUUACAUUGAAUCAUUCGAACAUCUAAACUUAACUGACAUGUUGAACUGAGGAGCCUUGGACUUUGCACUUUUUUUAAGUGGCUGUGUGAGCGCGGAGCAGGCUGAGUGAGUGAGUGAGUGAGUGAGUGAGUGAGUGAGUGAGUGAUAGUGAAGAAGCAGUGUCCUUCCUGUAAUGAAGUCCGGUGUACCCGCCUGACAAACAUUUGUUCUCCACUUACCGGUAGUCCAAAUAAUCCAAUGUUUUGCUUCCAAAGGUGAAGAGAAGUGGUUAGAUAUAAACACAACACAGCUUGCUACUCACAAUUAUAUUUCCUUUCCAAAUCCAUUUGUCAGUCAAACCUAUUCUCCUAAUAUACUAUUUGGCAUAUAAAUGAUGAUAAAAGCUAGUUCGAGCGAUAUGGCUGAAAACUGUAUCACAAUAUCAGUAUUUUUGAUCAGUCGGUAUCGAUAAUUAUUUAUAUUUUUUGACUUAUGGAAAAUAAGCAGGAGAGUAUUAUAUUUUAUUUUGAAAUGUAACUUCCUCUAAUUAUAAUCCCUCAGUUAUCCAGGCAGAAAGGAAAUUUCUACACAAGCAUGGAAAACACAAAAUAGUAAAAUCACAUUGAACACUUAACAAUAAUCUCUUAAAAAUAAGAAAUAUGUAAGAAAUGCUUCAUAAAGUGUAAGAAAAUAGUGCAAAGUGUGAAAAUGUAGACAUAGAGAAACCUGAGAAGAACUCUUUUCUGUAGGUUUAGUGGCAGGAAGUUACAGGGUGAUUUAAGGUGGUGUGGUAUUAGUGCUCUUGCCUUGCAUCAUUUACAGACCACAUUGGUCUGACUACGGUCCCUUUGAAAACAUCCAAAAACUAUCCAGGUCCUCCACUCUGUCUCUCGCUCUCCCUUGAUCUCUCUUGAUUUAUCUCAAUUGCUUGAUCCCUCUAAAUCUCUCUUGAUCUCUUUCUCAAUCUUUCUUUUUCAAUAUUUAUAUCUCUCUUGAUCUCUCUUUUUCAAUCUCUCUUGAUCUCGAUCUUUCUUUUUCAGUCUAUCUCUCGAUCUCUUGAUCUUUGUCUUUCUCAAUCUCUUUUUCAAUCUUGAUCUCUCGCGAUCUCUUUUUCAAUCUCUCUUGGUCUGUCUUUCUCGAUCUCUAUAGCUCCUUCGAUCUCUCUAUCUCUCUUGACCUCUCUUUCUCAAUCUCUUUUUCAAUCUUGAUCUCUCACGAUCUCUUAUUCAAUCUCGCUCUAUCUCGAUCUCUUUUUCAAUCUCUUCAUCUCAAUCUCUAUCUAGAGCUCCUUCGAUCUCUCUCUCUCUCUUGAUCUCCCUCGCUCUCUGUCGCUCUCAAUUUCUCUUUCUCGAUCUCUCUGUCCCUCUGAAUCUCCCUCAUUCUCUCUCUCAAAUUCCCUUGAUCUUUCUUGAUCUAUCUCAAUCUCUUCUCUCUCUUGAUCUCUCUCGAUCUCUUUCUCUCUUGAUCUCCCUCGAUCUCUAUUGCUCUCAAUCUCCCUCGAUCUCUCUCUCUCUCUCAAAUUCCUUUGAUCUUUCUCGGACUCUCUCUCUCUCCUUUUAAGAUCAGCAGUGCCCAAACUUGGAAAGAUGUGCUUAAAAAUAUUUCAUAAAGACAAAUAUCAAAGGGUAACAACAUGGGACCCAAACUAAACAGUUAACAAUAUUUGAAGAAGAAAACAAGAGCUCACAGCUCAGCUUUGACACGAAUAAAAGAAGACACUUUUUUUUAAGACAUGUUUUUAAGCAAGGUAGUGACAAUCGUUUUUUAGUUUUAUUUAUUAAAAUGAUAUCUAUCAGCGAAAUGACAACUGCGCCACACACUUGCUGCACUCCCUGAUCCGAUAUCGGCCACAAAACACAUGGCCUUGCAUGUGAAAUGUGUGAUAUCAUGUGCGAAACAAGCAGUCCUGCAGAGUGUUCACUUGUGUGCGAUACAAGCAGUCCCGCAGCGUGUUUGCUUGUGUGCGAUAUCAUGUGCGAUAGAGGCAGUCCUGCAACGUGUUUACGAGUGUGCAAUGUGAGCAGUCCUGCAGCGUGUUUACUUGUGUGUGUGUGUGUGUGUGUGAGAUAUCAUGUGCGAUACAAGUAGUCCUGCAGUGUUUACUUGUGUGAGAUAUCAUGUGCGUUACAAGCAGUCCUGCAUCGUGUUUACUUGUGUGUGAUAUGUGCGAUACAAGCAGUGUUUACUUGUGUGAUAUCAUGUGUGAUGCAAGCAGUCCUGCAGCGUGUUACCUGUGCAAAGUUAACAUCUAAAUGAACUCAAUAAGCACACAAUUUAUUCUAUUUUACUAAAGUCAUUUACAAAAGGUACACUUGUUAGGCUAUAUAGGCUACUAGGAGCUAGCAGCUACACAACAGCUAAGCACACAAUAGCAUACAAGCUAGACAUAGGUAAUAAUCAUUGAACAAUAAAAAGUGACAUUUGUCAAUAUAAACAAGUAUCACAUAAUUAUAGUUACAUGUUACUUACACAUACUAAGUCUCCAAGGCAGAAGUGUAUUAGAAACUAUCCAGUAACAAACGUGUCCGCAUCGUUCAACUAGUGUCACCAAAACAAUUACCACUCCAACUUAAAGACAGCAUAAGUCCAAUCCAGAGGUUAAUAAUAAGUAGGUUAGUGUUUUUCAUAACUACCAUUGUUCUCUGUUUGACUCAUUUCACCUGAUCAACCCUUUUCUAACGUUCCACACUACUAAAUGAUACACGUUUGUAUGAUUCCUGCUGAUAUUGGAUCGAUAUCGGCCAAUACUAACAGCUCCAAUCAGUUUUAUCGUAUCGGAAGUCAGAAUCGGGACACCGCUAUAGGACACGCCCUGCUUCUUCUCGCAGGACUUUAAUACUUCAUAGCAGGAAGGCACGCGCUCAUUUGCUUAUUCAUUGUGUGUGUGAGUGUAAGUGUGUGUGUGUGAGUGUGUGUGCGUGCACACGAUCAUGCCAAAUUGUGGUGUUAGCAAGAAGGAAAGGGAUUUCUCUAUGUGAGUAUAUUUAAUAUUUGAGUAUUUUUGAGUAUCUUCGAGAAUAUUCUCAAAUUCGAGUAUAUUUGAAUAUAUUGAGUAUAUAUAUAUAUAUA